AUGGACGCUGCCUCUGCCCGACAUGGCGUACCGAACCGCAGGAAUCCCGCCGACGACCCGGAUGGUUGGCAUUCAGCACCCCCGGUGAAGUGCAAGAAAGUCCGAAGGGGAACUCGCAGCUGCUGGGAAUGCAAGCGACGGAAGAUGAAAUGCGUGUUUGACAGUCCCGAUGACGCGGUCUGCAUUGGCUGUCACCGACGUUGGACCAAAUGCGUGAGCCAGGAGUUCCCGGAGGAAGUGUCGGCCCCUUUGGACAGCAGCCGCCGGCUGCGCGAUCGUCUGCGACGAGUGGAGUCGAGACUCCACCAAUUUCUCCGUGCAUCUCCUGCAUCGCAUCAGGCCGUCGACGCCCCCGUCGGGGACGAGCAUCGUCAUGACCAUCUCCGUCAUGACAAUCUCAGCCCUGACCGGCAUCCGUCCGCUGCCGUGGUAAGCGGAGAUUCAGGCGUGUUCGAUGCAUUGUCCCGGGCUCUUUACGAUUCCUUGCCCUCGCGACAAGAUACCGCCAGCAACUGUAAGGCCAGCGGUCACCAUUCCAUUCCAUUCCAUGAAAUCCUGACCACACCCUACAUUCUCGAUCGGGAUAGCCUCCGAUCGCAAAAUCGCCUGCUCGAGAUCCCGGGCCCGAACGUACACCCGGUUCUGAUAGCGCGCCACAUGUUGCAUCUCGCGAGCUUCCUACAGCACCUGCACGCCGAUCUCCAUGAGGAGAUCCGGGGUCUCUCGGAACCCCCACAGAUCAUGCGCGAUCGACUGGCAUAG